AUGUACAUCUCGGGAAUUAAAGGUGCAGCAGCAGCAGAAGGUGCAGCAGCAGCAGAAACAACAGCAGCAGCAGCAGAAGGUGCAGCAGAAACAGAAAAAAAAGAAGCAGCAGAAGAAGAACCAGCAGCAGCAGCAACAGAACCAGCAGCAGCACCAGCAGCAGCAGCAGCAGCAGCACCAGCAGCAGCAGCAGCAGCAGCAGCAGCAGCAAACGAAGAGAAGUUUCGUUUUACUUUAUUUGAUAGAGAAGAGGAAGCAACCGUCAGGCAGCAGCUGCAGCAGAAGCUCGAUGAGCUUGCUGCUUUUAUUGCUGCUAUUUCUCCUGCUGCUGCAGCACCAGCAGCAGCAGCAGCAGCAGCAACACCAGGAGCAGCAGCAGCAGCGCCAGCCCCCGCUGCAGCAGCAGCAGCCGCGGCCCAGCAGCAGCAGCAGCAGCAGCAGCAGCAAUAUGAGUUUCAGCUGCAGCAACUUGAAGCAAUGGGAUUUACAGAUAGACAAAAGAACCUUGCGGCGUUGGAGGCAGUAAAUGGAAAUAUAAAUGCUGCUAUUGAUAUGCUUAUUGGCUAG